AUGGCCGACGUCGAAGACCAGCAACAGGGCGGGCCUAGGACUUCGCGAAGCAGUGUGCGGAAGAAGCGCACAGGAAAAUCUCCCAAGCCGGAGCCCCAGUCCCAAAACGAUUGGACAUCAGCCGGUGGGCCACGACCCCGUCCGUCGCCUCACCCGAAACGUCAUGGGGAUAUAGACAUAGACAUAGACAUUGUCGAGUCCUCUGACGACUCAGACGACGCCCAAGCGUCGCCUCCCAAGCAGCAGCAACCAUCUCGACGUCCUUCGAAGCAGCGUCAACAGCUCCCGAGUCCCACCGACUCCGAGGACUCCGACCUCCCGUCCAAGCCGCCGUCCCGUUCUCGACAUCGGACUGCUGCCAUGCGGCCCAACUCCACCGUGCCCUUGGUCGACACCAAGGCCAUGGCCCGCCGUAUGCAACAUCGCCCUUCAUAUGACAACGACGACGACGAUGAUGAGCCGCCUAUACGUCCAUCGCGGCCAGCAAGCCGCCAGACGAUGGCAUCUCGUCGCGACCAGAGUUCUCGCUCCGCUCACCGCUACAGGUCCACUCCUGAAUCUAGGCGCUCACCCCGCACUUCCAUGUCCGAUUCUGAGGGCGAAACUGACGUGACCGAGGAUUCUUUGGAGGAAGUGGUUAUUCAACAGCCUACCCGGAGAAGGAAGCCUCCGGCUGUUCCCACCGCCCCGGUACCCCCUCCCGCACCGUCCAUGCAUGAGCGCCUCAACCGGCGCACAGAGGAGCCCGAAAUUGAGGUCGUCUAUGAGGAUCCAGAUCCGGAGCCGGAUUUUGCAUCGACAAGGUAUGAGCAAUCGGUAGGUGUAGGAAGAUCGCGAGCUCAAUCCCGAGCCCCUUCCCGAGCACCCUCUCGAGCUGCGUCGGUGAAGCCGGAUGCCUAUCGUCGUCCGAGAGACGUUUCCCGUGCUCCGAGUCUCGAUGGCGACCGGGCUCGGUCCAAAUCCCGAACCAGAAGGUAUUGUCAACCGCCUCCGAAUAGGCAGUAUUUCUCAGUAGUAGCUAACCCUGGCGAUAGACCGUCGACCAGGCAGUAUGAGUCAGACGCUUAUGUGUCGAGGGCCCCUUCAGUGUUCAGAAGAGCCAACACCACCAUAGAAGGGUCACACCAUGCGUCGUCACAGAGCUUCAGCUCCAAGCGGUCCAUGUUUGCCGAUCCGACAGCUGCCAAUAACAUGCAGUUGGAGAGGCAACAACCCAAGAGGUUUACCACUUGUGUCUCAUGCAGAGACAACAAGACUCUGGUUGAGAACACAGCCAAGCUCAAGUGCGCACAUCGCAUGUGCAACACUUGCCUGGUGCGCAGCUUUGAGCUGUCUCUCCGAGGCCCACAGCAUAUGCCCCCUCGAUGUUGUACCGCAGAGCCCAUCCCACCAAAGCACGUCGACAAACUGCUGGGUGAAGAUUUCAAAGCCGAGUGGAACCGAAAAUACCGUGAGUAUACGACCAGAAGCCGCAUAUAUUGUCCAGAGGAACGGUGUGGCAGGUGGUUCCAGCCCGACAACAUUCGUCAGGAGAACGGGCGUGGGCAGGCAAAAUGCACUCACUGCAAAACAAAAGUCUGCUGUGCUUGCCAUGGACUGUGGCAUCCGCAGUACAACUGCCCAGGCGAUGAGAACACAGCACAGUUCAUGCCGCAAUCCAAGCGAGAUACAUACCAGACCUGUUAUCAGUGCCAUCACAUGGUCGAACUCGCUGAAGGCUGCAACCAUAUGAAGUGCCGUUGUGGUGCUCAGUUCUGUAUGCUUUGUGGCGGUCCGUGGAAAUCGUGCGCAUGCCCCAUGACGAAUAACUCGGUCCAAGCUGUACCUCGAGCAGCCGCAGACCGCAUGAGGACGCUGAUGGACGAACCCCCGAAUCCCUUUGCAUCUGCGCCGAAGUACGCAUCUCGUGUUCCCUCUCCCCAGGCUCUACGGUCGGGAUUCCCGGCCUCUUAUGCAGGCACUGUAAAGCCUCGCCCAUCGAGCUACGAGGAAGAACCAUAUCUUGCUCGGCGUAUGGAAGUCCGUGAAGAACCUCAUCAUGCUCGCCGGAUGCAUUCUUUUGAUGAUGCUUUUGGUCAUGUCGAUGACCAGGCCGAGUACGGUAGAGGAAGGGCAGGUGUCAACGUCUUUGACUUUGAAGAACAACCCCGACGACGCAUCGAAGCUCGGAGCCGCGGAGCGUCUUUUGGAAACGGUGAUUUCCGAGCUGGGAGGGCUGCAACGGUUGUUGCACCAUCACCUCCGCAAACACAUGUUCCCAUGGCGCCGCCACCGCCUCGUUCGGCAUUUGAGCCACCCUCACGCCCCGCCUUCGACCGAGUACCACCUCGGGCCGCGCCGCGCGCUGAUUAUGCCUCCGAGGCCUAUGCUCAAAGAGCGGCGCGCUAUGCUUCGCCGGAGCGAUAUGAGGAGUUUGCUGCCGAGAACUACACAGCCGACAGACGGAGACCGUACUCGCCCGAAAGACGACAAACAUUCCUUACUGCGAGACGGCCGCGUUCUUUGGAUAGACACCAUCCAUUUGCUCAGGAGCGGCGCGAAGAGUCACCCGAUGGUUGGCAAGUCCCGACGCGUUUCCCAUCCCCAGAAAGAGGAGCACCCAUGGCGAUGGAGAUUCCGCAGAAGCCACGACACAUGCUCGCGCCCGAGAGGCACAUGCAGAUCCCAGAAAGGCACAUGGCACCCCAGGAUAGACACAUGCAGCUUCCUGAACGACACAUGGCCACUCCUGACCGCUACGCCUCCAUGUCGGAAAGGCACGCCCCGAUGCCGGAAAGACAACAACAGCAGAUGCCAGAGAGGCACAUGGCAAUGCCCGAAAGACAGCUGGCUCAUCCUGACGAUAGACUCCGUGCUCCUUCGCCCGAGAGACGCCGAGCGUCGUCAUUCGACAAACGGCUCGCCGAUCGUUUCAACCCGGAGAGCAGACAGAGUCCAGGAGCCUACCACAUGGGCGGGAUGGGCCACGCCGUCCCACCUGCUCCUAUGACCACCAUCGGAGUUGGCCCUGUCGGACCGCCCGGACACAUGGGACACAUGGGCAUGAUGAGUGCGAUGGUGCCCCAGGGGCCGCUGAGUCCUACAAGAGGACCACCGCCUCUUUCUCGCACCGCAUCGCACCCGGCAGCAGCAAUGAUGCACGGACACGGAGGUGGUCCAUCAAUUCCGGUCGCUCCGGUGCCGCCACCGGCUAUUUCGCAUAUGCCUCGCAGGCACACCAUGGAGGAGGACAUCUACGUCUCCGGCCGUCAUCCAGGAGGACCGACACCUGAAUGGUUUGGUCCCCCGGGCAUGGGCAUGGGACUGCAUGAGUGGGAUCCCAGCGGGGGUUCUGCCCGUGCUCCUCACAUCCGAAGACGGGCCACGCAAGCUCACCGGGAGCACAACAAGACUGAGGCCAAGCCCUCGAUGCAGGCUGGCCUGAGCGGAUCUGGGAGAGGCUUGCAUCGAGUGUCGGAGUGGGUGAAUUAUAUUGAGCCUGGCCCGCCUGAGGAUACAAUGGGAGGAGGUGGCCCUGCGACGAUUGUGGGAUAG